AUGAACGUGUUCAAACCUACCGUUGUAUUGCCACUAGAUAAGCCACCAGAUGCAAAGCCUGAAACAUGUGAUGCAGUAUUGCGAGCACACAAGCCACCAGAUGCAAAGCCUGAAACAUGUGAUGCAGUAUUGCGAGCAGACAAGCCACCAGAUGCAAAGCCUGAAACAUGUGAUGCAGUAUUGCCAGCAGACAAGCCACCAGAUGCAAAGCCUGAAACAUGUGAUGCAGUAUUGCCAGCAGACAAGCCACCAGAUGCAAAGCCUGAAACAUGUGAUGCAGUAUUGCCACCACACAAGCCACCAGAUGCAAAGCCUGAAACAUGUGAUGCAGUAUUGCCACCAGACAAGCCACCAGAUGCAAAGCCUGAAACAUGUGAUGCAGUAUUGCCACCAGACAAGCCACCAGAUGCAAAGCCUGAAACAUGUGAUGCAGUAUUGCCAGCAGACAAGCCACCAGAUGCAAAGCCUGAAACAUGUGAUGCAGUAUUGCCAGCAGACAAGCCACCAGAUGCAAAGCCUGAAACAUGUGAUGCAGUAUUGACUCUAUAG